AUGAUCUUCCCCCAUGGGAAAGACAAGCGCGUAAGUUAUGAGUUUCACAAGCCAAUAGCCAUCACUGAAAUGCUUCAUCAAGCACCCGAAUCACUGAACCUUGUUGUGGUUCAAACAUUCCCCACCAUAACCCGUUUCCCAUUUGAACCAUACCCGGGUCCAAAUCACUUCGUCAAGUUGCUCUCUCCUUCAGCUCCACAUCAUGCAGAAACCAACGAAACGAAAGAUCUCGAAGGAAUAGCUGCCAUUGUUGGACAGCACGUCCUCUUCGGAGACAAAAACGACAAACCCAGUGAACACAAAACGGCAACGACCAUUCCCGCGACACAAAACGAUAACCUUUCGGUAAGUAAGAGAUACAGAGGAGUGAGGAAGAGACCAUGGGGGAGGUGGUCGGCGGAGAUACGCGAUCGAAUCGGUCGGUGCCGCCACUGGCUCGGCACCUUCGACACAGCCGAGGAUGCGGCGCGUGCGUAUGACGCUGCGGCGAGGCGCUUGAGAGGCUCCAAAGCUCGAACAAACUUCGAGAUACCCUCCGUUUUGCCUCUCUCUUCGCCGACAACUUCGUCUUCUUCGACCUCGGAAGUGAAGAAGAUGACCAGUGGCGGGACUCAUAAACCUAAAACCGUACGAAGCAGCGCUAUAAGGAAAUGCUCUGUGGUUACCUCUGUGGCUCAAUUGUUCAGUGAGGUUCCUGAAGUUGGGAGAGGUAAUAAUAAUAAUCACCAUCAUAGCAAUGUGGAGCUUGACUUGAAGUUAGGUGUGAGCUCUGUUGGGAGAAACACUAGUGAUUAA